CGCCCAUUUCCCUUUCAGACAUCCAUCUCGUUCUUGCACCCCAAUCCCUGUCUCCCUCUACCUUUUGGUCCCGAGACACCUCUUUCCUCCCCAACCUCGCCGCCGUCAUGGCUCCUCAGAGGCGCCCAGCCGCCGAGGUCAUCAGCUCUGAUUCUGAUGACGAAGCAGCUAGACCCACAGGUAGCGCCGCUACUCGCAGCGCCGGUGGAGGAGGGGCAGGUGGGGGGAGACGUAUUGUUCUCACUGGCAGAGGGAACAACAGCUCUCGCCGAGACAGAGAGGAUGAGGACGAGGCAAUGAUGGAAGCAGACUACCUGUCGCCUUCGGAUGGGGAAGGCUACGAAGAUACGGCGGUGUCUGGACGAAGUGGACGAACAGCGCCUCGUGCCAGACCUCCUCCUACUCAGCGCAACGGGAAUGGUGGUGGCGAUCUCGAAGAUGAUGAUGAAGACGACGAAGAUGCUGCCCAGCUCGCCCCACGACCUCGUGCAGUGACGAAGCGAGACUUCUCUUCCCUCGCUCUCAAGCAUGACCAUUCCUCGCGUCCACUCUGGAUAUCCCCAGACGACGGCCACAUCAUUCUCGAGGGUUUCAGUCCCAUCGCUGAGCAAGCAAUGGACUUUCUCGUCGCCAUUGCUGAGCCUGUUAGUCGACCCGCUUUCAUUCACGAGUACCGUCUGACUCCAUACUCCCUAUAUGCGGCCAUCUCGGUUGGCCUUUCGCCACAAGACAUCCUCUCUGUCCUCGAUCGACUCUCCAAGUCGACAUUGCCAGACAGCGUCAUCACCUUCAUCCAAGAGUAUACGGCUUCUUUCGGCAAGAUCAAGCUCGUCUUGAAAGACAACCGAUACUUUGUGGAGAGUGCAGAGACGGAGACUCUAAGGACGCUUUUGCAGGAUGAGACCAUCGGUGGGGCCAGAGUCAGAGAAGGGCAGCGCGAUGCUCCCAACCAAGCGGAGACCCUUGACAAGAGCAGUGCCCCAAGGCGUGGCGACCUAAUUAUCCCAGGUACCAAUGCAGCUGCCAGGCAGGCUGGUCAGGCUCCUAAUGGAGCAGCGUCUACGAAUGGCCCCGCCGGACCAACGCCUGAGACAGAGGCAGCUGCCCGGAGAGAAGCUGAGGCCGACCUUUUCACCUCUAUCAUUGGGGCAGAAGAUGAUCCCACCUCUUUGGACGCGGAUGAGGACACAGUACACUCAUUUGAAAUCCGCGAGGAGGAGAUCGAGAACGUGAAGAGGCGGUGCAACGAACUCGGUCUGCCUAUGUUGGAAGAGUACGACUUCCGUGCCGACUUGCGCAACGCAGAUCUGCCCAUCGAUCUGCGACCAUCCACCCACAUCCGGCCGUAUCAGGAGAAGUCACUCUCCAAGAUGUUCGGUAACGGGCGAGCUCGAAGUGGCAUCAUCGUCUUGCCUUGUGGAGCUGGCAAGACCUUGGUCGGCAUCACCGCCGCCUGUACCAUCAAGAAGAGUACCCUCGUUCUAUGCACGAGCAGCGUCAGCGUCAUGCAAUGGCGGCGAGAGUUUCUCAAAUGGAGCAAUGUCAAGGAAGAGUCGGUCAGCGUCUUCACUGCUGACACGAAAGAGAAGUUCACGUCUUCUGCUGGUAUCGUUGUCUCGACCUACUCAAUGGUGGCCAAUACCGGAAAGCGCUCUCACAGCUCACAGAAAAUGAUGAACUUCUUAGAGUCUCGUGAAUGGGGUUUCAUUCUGCUCGAUGAAGUCCACGUCGUGCCAGCGAGUAUGUUCCGAAGAGUUUUGACCAGGAUCAAGGCUCACAGCAAGUUGGGUCUAACUGCGACUCUAGUGCGAGAGGACGAGAAGAUUGACGAGCUCAAUUUCCUCGUCGGUCCGAAGCUGUACGAAGCAAAUUGGAUGGACCUCGCUGCUAAAGGUCACAUUGCUACCGUUCAAUGUGCCGAGGUAUGGUGUCCAAUGACACCCGAGUUCUACAGGGAGUAUCUCCGAGAGUCUACCAGACGGAAGAUGCUUCUGUACUGCAUGAACCCGAACAAGUUCCAGGCGGCUCAGUUCCUUAUCAAUUACCACGAGAACAGAGGAGACAAGAUCAUCGUCUUCAGUGACAACGUCUACGCGCUCGAGGCAUACGCCAAGAAGCUCAACAAGCCUUACAUUCACGGUGGUACGCCACAGACGGAGCGCAUGCGCAUUUUGAAUCACUUCCAGCACAACCCAAAUAUCAACACCGUCUUCCUCUCCAAAGUAGGCGACACCUCCAUCGAUCUACCCGAAGCCACCUGCCUCAUCCAGAUUUCCUCCCACUUUGGCUCUCGUAGACAGGAAGCCCAACGUCUAGGCCGAAUCCUGCGAGCAAAGAGGAGAAACGACGAAGGAUUCAAUGCCUUCUUCUACUCACUUGUCUCAAAAGACACCGCGGAGAUGUUCUACUCUACCAAGCGCCAGCAAUUCCUCAUUGAUCAGGGCUACGCCUUCCGAGUCAUUACCCAGCUAGUGGGACUGGAAGAUCUGACCGACCUGGUGUACAAGAGUCAAGAGGAGCAGAUUGCCCUCCUGCAGAGCGUUCUGAUCGCCAGUGAGAGCGCGGCGGACAUUGGCACAGACAUUGGAGUCGAGCUUGGCGGUGGUGCGAGAAGCUUCGGCGGUGGAAGUGGUGCACAGAGAAGGAUCGGUGGGGGCUCAUUGGUAGAGAAGGCCAAGAGGAGUGCGGGAAGCUUGAAUGCUCUCAGUGGUGCACAGCACAUGGCCUAUGCUGAAAAGAACACUUCGGCAAACAAGGCGAUUACGAGGGACAAGGAGAGAAAUAAGCUCUUCCAGAAGAGGGCGAAUCAGCAGAAGAAGAGGAGGGUAGAUGGGGAGAAUGGAGACUUCUGAGCUUUGAGUACCGAUGGCCCUUCGGCUGUAUUUGUAUCGGCAAUUGUAAUUGUAUAUUGCACACAAUGAUGUAUCCUUCCGAAUCGACCGCAGGAUUU